AUUCAAUUUUAAAUUAAAAGGUAAACAGUUAACAUUUAUUUUUAAAAGGACCAACAGCACUUCUGUCUGUGGUUGCCCUAAUUAAUGAUAACCUAGCAUAACUCCAAGGACCAAGAUUGAUCAUUGAAUGAUUUUAACAUCCAGCAUUGUAUUCACAUAAUGACUGUACAGCUUGAUAAACAUUUAUUUAAUGCCCACUACGUACACCUAGUUUGUGAGAUAGUGUCCUACACAUGAGAAGCUUAAAUCUGAACACUGCCUAAACUAGGUCCUAUUUCGGUUGCUACAAUUUUGUUUGAACAUUCAUUCUCUUCUAAAUAUUUAUCUGACACUGACAGUGGUGAAGUUACCAUACAUUAUUAUGAUGGAUACCAUGGUGAGUAAGGGAUAGGUAAAGAUUCUAGGCAGUUUAAAAUUGCAAUGUAGAACAUACAACAUCAGACAGCUAUAAUCACAGUAUUAUGGGAGUUCAGAAGAGGAUAUCACAUCCUUUGGUAGAUCAGGAAAUACUUUAGGACAGGUGACUUUUAAGUUUGUCCUUGGUACCUGGUAUCAUGUAAAAAAGAAAGGAAUUUUAAGGAAAGAUUAUGUAAUGAUACUGUGUACUGGGUAUAUUGACCAGAGAAUAAUAGUAAUGAGCUACUAUAAAUAAUGUAUCUUAAAGUUAUUACCUACAUUUGCUUUUUACUUUCCUUACAUUAUUUAUUUUGCACAAAUUAACACAGCAUAGAAAACUGAUGAUGGGUUUCACUUUCCUAUAAUUGCUGCCCACUGAAUUUGCACUGCACUUGGAAUCAAGUAAAGGCCUCACUAACCUGUCUUAGGAAAUUAAAAAGGUAAUGGGAACAAAUCAUACAACUUAGUUUCCUUCUGAGUGGAUUGAGUUAUACUGGCCAUGUACUUUAUUUCAAGUUGCUAAUGAAUGUCUUUUUAUUCCAGGCAAGACUCUUAAUAUGGAUUUGGAGCUCAAAGAAUAUUAUAACAAGACACUUGCCACAGAAAAUAAUACUGCUGCCACUCGAAAUUCUGAUUUCCCAGUCUGGGAUGACUACAGAAGCAGCGUAGAUGACUUACAGUAUUUUCUGAUUGGGCUCUAUACAUUUGUAAGUCUUCUUGGUUUUAUGGGGAAUCUACUUAUUUUAAUGGCUCUCACAAAAAAGCGUAAUCAGAAGACUACAGUCAACUUUCUCAUAGGAAAUUUGGCCUUCUCCGAUAUCUUGGUUGUGCUCUUUUGCUCACCGUUCACACUGACCUCUGUCUUGUUGGAUCAGUGGAUGUUUGGCAAGGCCAUGUGCCAUAUUAUGCCUUUCCUUCAAUGUGUGUCCGUUCUGGUUUCAACUUUAAUUUUAAUAUCAAUUGCCAUUGUCAGGUAUCAUAUGAUAAAGCAUCCUAUCUCUAACAAUUUAACCGCCAACCAUGGGUACUUCCUUAUAGCUACUGUCUGGACAUUAGGUUUUGCAAUUUGUUCUCCCCUUCCAGUGUUUCACAGUCUUGUGGAACUUCAGGAAACAUUUGGUUCAGCGUUGCUGAGCAGCAGGUAUUUAUGUGUUGAGUCAUGGCCAUCUGAUUCAUACAGAAUUGCUUUUACUAUUUCUUUAUUGCUGGUUCAGUAUAUUCUACCCUUAGUUUGUCUAACUGUAAGUCAUACCAGUGUCUGCAGGAGCAUAAGUUGUGGAUUGUCCAACAAAGAAAACAGACUGGAAGAAAAUGAGAUGAUCAACUUAACUCUUCACCCAUCCAAAAAGAGUGGGAAUCGGGUGAAAAUCUCCAACAGCCAUAAAUGGAGUUAUUCUUUCAUCAGAAAACACAGAAGAAGGUAUAGCAAGAAGACAGCCUGUGUGUUGCCUGCUCCAGCAAGACCUUCCCAGGAGAACCAUUCGAGAGCACUUCCAGAAAAUUUUGGCUCUGUGAGAAGUCAGCCCUCUUCUUCUAGUAAAUUCAUGCCAGGGGUCCCAACUUGCUUUGAGAUAAAACCUGAGGAGAAUUCAGAUGCUCAUGAAAUGAGAGUGAAACGUUCCAUCACAAGAAUAAAAAAGAGAUCUCGAAGCGUUUUCUACCGAUUGACCAUACUCAUAUUAGUGUUUGCUGUUAGUUGGAUGCCACUACACCUUUUCCAUGUGGUAACUGAUUUCAAUGAUAACCUUAUUUCGAACAGGCAUUUCAAGUUGGUAUAUUGCAUUUGUCAUUUGUUAGGUAUGAUGUCCUGUUGUCUCAAUCCAAUUCUAUAUGGAUUUCUUAACAAUGGGAUCAAAGCUGACUUAAUGUCCCUCAUACACUGUCUUCAUUUGUCAUAAUUUUCACUGUUUACCAAAGAAAGAACAAAUGUUGAGAUCUUGUAAAACAUAUUUAUGAUAAUGAUGUAUAUAUAAUAGAAUAAAUUUUGUCAAGAAACGGAACCUAAUUUAUGUGAUAGAGCUCUGUAUUUGAAUGUCAGUUCAUAAUAUCUGGAAGAUAAUUUUAAUGUGUUAUAACAUGAUUAAUUCAUUUAGUUGUACAGAGUCAGUGUCUAUCCAAUUUGUAAUUUCAUUUUAAAAAGUAGUUACAUUAUCUUCUAUUUCAUGUCAUCGGUAA